CUCUCAUCCCUGCCCGAUCGACACCCGAUAUAUUACACUGCACGAAAGCCCAAGAGCACGCCACUAAGGAGCAAUGACAGAGUCCAGGCACGAGCUGCUCAACUGGAUCAACGACCUGCUGUCGCUCAACUACACCAAGAUCGAACAAUGCGGAACGGGUGGAGCGUACUGUCAAAUCAUCGACUCGAUCUAUCGUGAUCUGCCCAUAUCCCGAGUCAAGUUCCACCCCAACCAGGAGUACGAGUAUCUGGCCAACUUCAAGAUACUUCAGUCCAGCUUUAGUCGAUAUUCGAUAGACAAGAACAUCCCUGUCGAGCGGCUGAUCAAGUGCAAAUACCAAGACAACUUUGAGUUCCUUCAGUGGAUUAAGAAAUACUGGGACACCUUCUAUCCUGGCGGCGCCUAUGACGCCGUGCUUCGCCGUGGAGAAGUUCGAGAUAUGAUCAUCCAAGGGCCCGAGUCGCGAGCCUCGACCGCAGGCAAGCAGAGACUGAAAGCCCCGCUCAAGCCUCAGUUCGCUCAGAGCCCGCAGCGGCUCUCGACGCUCGGCCGUCGAGCAAGCAAGAAGACCCCGACACUCGAGCCGCUGGUCAAGCAGCAGCCUCAGCUUCCACUGCGCCCGUCAUCGGCUGGCAAUGUGCCUGGACGGAGCUCAGAGUCGGCGGCCUUAAUGGAGGACAUCGAGAAGCUGAAGCUGGAGCUUUCCCAGUGUCAGAGUGUGAUUACCGAGCUCAACCAGCAGACAAGCGAUGUUCGGACCGUCGCGGAGAGCCUCGAGCGCGAGCGAGACUUUUACUUUGGGAAGCUGCGAUCGAUUGAAGUCAUAAUCAAUGUGCAUGCCUCUUCUAAAGCGUGCUCGCCAGAUGUCAAACAGGUCGUCGGCGAGAUACGAGAUGUUCUCUAUCAGAUCGAGGACGGAUUCGAGAUGCCGGGACAGCCACCGCCGCUUCUUGAGAGCGUAAUAAUGGCCGAGAGCCGCAGGGGCUCUCCGAGAGAGAGCAUCAAUGCCAACGCCGCCCGGGAUGUCAGCACAGCACAAGAUGGAAGAGUCCGAAAUGAAAGUGUCGCCCAAGAAGCCAAGACAACCCAAAGUGUCGAUGCAGUUGAACCAGACGAAGACGACAGCCAAGGAACCGAGUCCGAUAAGCAAACACAUCCCCUCGACCAAUUCAAUCCAGCAGAGGCCAUUCCACUUCCAGAUCAGUCCGAGCAUGCCCAGCAGCCCGAACGAGAGGAAAACGCCGAGGAAAUCCAGGAAAAGAAUCCCGUCGAGUCUGCUUUGGCGGGUGCUGAAGACACGGCGUCACCCGCAGACAGUCCGCUGCUCCCAAGUAACGCGGACGCCGGGCUCAUCCAAAUCAUCUCUGACGAGCCGCAGAGCCAAGAGGACGGCUGGCAGACGGCGCCCGAGGGCUCAAGCCUCGUCAUAGACAUCAAGGAUCCGGACAACGACAGCAUUCAGCCGUCAUCGCUAUCGCUGGUCCCGGACGCUGAGUCGAAAACCGGGUUGUCAGAUCGAUCGUUGUACUCGGGACUGCCCGGUCAUGCCCCAGGGGCCGAGAGUGCGCUGGACUCGCUGGACAGCUUUGUGUCGGCCACUUCGCAGAUGGAUAUGCAGCUACCAAGCGAUUCACCUGACACGAGGGCAACACAGCAGCCUCCGAGAGAGACGAGUGCCGCAAAGCAGAGAGUAGGCUACCCGAGCGAGCCUGUUGAAGUCGCUGCUCCGAUCGCCAAUUCGGGUCCGUCAACGGAGCCGCAACGACAGACGGUCGAUAACGAGACGGAUACAGAGAAGGAAACAGAGGCCGCUGGGCCCGAGCCAGACGAUUCAAAAGCCGAAGCGCUGGAGGACCCAGUCGAUGAUGGCGCUGGAGUAGCCCUUGAGAGUGAAGCCACGAAAUCCGACUAUGUUGUUUUGGACAUUGCAGCGUCGGACUCCCAGCUGAAUGCGUAGGCUUGAUCGUGGUUCUUCCUGUUGUUGACCUCGGACUUCGGACUUCGGACAUGGAGCGGGGGUUGCUUUUGAUCUUCAACACGACUGGCUUGAUGUCGACGAGCAUUUUCGGGCUGCAAACUGGCGACGAUGGGGGACUCGCUGGAUACAUGAUUGAGUGCUGGCUUGAUUGUCUCACAUCGGGGCUGAGGCAAAUGCAGAUUGGUCAGGGUCGAUCUGGGAUAUGGAGGGCGGCGCAACGAUGGGAACCGAGCCGAGGACUAAGCUGCAGCUGAGCAGCAAUAAAACAGAG